GCAAAAAUACUCACAAUUUCGUUGACAUUAGACAUGCGUUCGUUGGUAGCCGUGCUCGCUAUUGCGUUGUCAGGGAUAGUCAAACGCAUUCAAGCGUGACUUGAGCGCACAAUUCCCUUGUGUGCCAGGUGCAUGAGUGUGAUGAUUGUGUGCAUGUUUUGUGAGGCUACGGUAUGUAGGUGUUUGUCUUAUGGUAUAGAUGAUUGAACGAAUAUUCAUUAGACUCAGUCUAAGACUGCUCUGAUGACAACCAACUGUCAGAAAUUGUCCGUCCGUCGUCCAUAGCUACAUUAUCGCAGCUAGUGAUAGGACGAAAUUGAUGCUGACAUUAUAGUGUCACCUCACUACUGCCAAACAAUCCACCAUGUUAUACUGACAACGAGCGUCACCACACUCCGAAAAAUGCUUACCACUUUGCAGGAGAAGCAACUAUAUACCAAUUUUAUUGAACGUUCAACUAAAGGCCAAAAGUGAGGCAGUGUCAAGUGAGAUGUAAGGAAGAAUGUUGUUUAGAAAGAAGAGAAAAAAUAAGAUCCCAAAUUUAGUUGCCAGCCCUCCUUUGAUCAUGCAAUGAUGACAGCGCAAGUACAAUUCUUACGCCCUACCUACAGGACAAUAAAAGCUUCAUUAGAACAGGAAUGAAUAAGACACAACAUGCCAAGGAAUGUAUUGACAAAGAGGAGGAAACAGAUUCUUCUACUCAUUCUAGCUGCUGGAUUUAUAUUUCUUACCUUCCAAGUCUUUUCUCUGUCUGCAUUGAACAUCAGCAAUAGAUUGUCAGCACUUAGGGCCAUGGAUGACGAUGGAGAAUUGGGCAUCAAUCUUGUCCGAGGAAAUCGACACCGCAGAAAUCAGGCAAUAGAAGAAUUUGACAUGCAUGUAGAAAUAGAUGUUAAUCAACGAAAAACGGCCAAGAGCGAUAACUCUGACAGUCUGAAAUUUAAACCUGAGGAUAGCAAUCAUCGACCACCAGAUGGCAGUGAAAUAGGAGAACAAACAGCGGCAGACCUGGUUAAUCUUCCUAGAGGUGUACAUCGGACAGAUGCAACAUACUAUAAACCGAUAACAGGCAAUUUGUUCCUUUGUCUUGAUAAAAAAAAAAACAUUCCUUUUUCUCAAGUUAACGAUGACUUUUGUGAUUGUGAUGAUGGAUCUGAUGAGCCGGGAACGUCUGCAUGUCUGGAUGGAAGAUUCUUCUGUACACACCAGAUCCCAGAUGAACGGCCACAGAGUAUUACCAGUAGCCGAGUCAAUGAUGGCCUCUGUGAUUGCUGUGAUGGCAGUGAUGAAUGGAAGGAAAUAGCAGCUCCACCUGGUGUGCAGCGAGCAGCCCGAAAUACAGCUACUGUGUUGACAGUACCCUGUCAGAAUCUGUGUAACAAGGUCAUACAGAGAAAAGAAGAGGACACAAAGAUCCGAGAGAUCGGUAAACGUCACAGACAAGAGUACGUCAAGGCUGCCUCACACCUUCAUGGAGAAGAAAAAGAGAAAUAUGGACCUGAUGGCGUUUUCUUCAAAUUGAGCCGGAGUUGUUUCCCUUUUAAAUCCUCGGGGUAUGAAUAUACAGUUUGUCCUUUUAAAAGUGUGAAACAGCAGCAGUUUCCUCGUGCAUCAAAGUUACUUGGUGAGACGGCGGUGUGGGAAUAUAUGUCCGAGGGACUGUACAUCCUCAACAUGCUGAAUGGAGCAUCACAUCUCUGUCCCGGAGAGGUGCCUCGUAAAUCUGUGAUAUCAUUCCUUUGUGGCAUUAAUGACAGAGUUGUGUCAAUCCUAGAACAGGAGACAUGUGUGUAUGACGUCAAGUUUUCUACUCCAGCAGCAUGCUGACAUAUACCUAAAAUAUGACUUUCAGAAAGUUAUCAUAUAGUAACAUAUCAUAUUUGACGAAGAAACAUUGUAUAUGACUACUGUAUAGUAUGGGUAGUCAGAGAUGUGGAAAUGAGAACAUUGUAUAUGGCUACUGUAUAGUAUGGGUAGUCAGAGAUGUGGAAAUGAGAACAUUGUAUAUGGCUACUGUAUAGUAUGGGUAGUCAGAGAUGUGGAAAUGAGAACAUUGUAUAUGACUACUGUAUAGUAUGGGUAGUCAGAGAUGUGGAUAUGAGAACAUUGUAUAUGACUACUGUAUAGUAUUGGUAGUCAGAGAUGUGGAAAUGAUGAACAUUGUAUAUGGCUACUGUAUAGUAUGGGUAGUCAGAGAUGUGGAAAUGAUGAACAUUGUAUAUGGCUACUGUAUAGUAUGGGUAGUCAGAGAUGUGGAAAUGAGAACAUUGUAUAUGGCUACUGUAUAGUAUGGGUAGUCAGAGAUGUGGAUAUGAGAACAUUGUAUAUGGCUACUGUAUAGUAUGGGUAGUCAGAGAUGUGGAAAUGAGAACAUUGUAUAUGACUACUGUAUAGUAUGGGUAGUCAGAGAUGUGGAUAUGAGAACAUUGUAUAUGACUACUGUAUAGUAUGGGUAGUCAGAGAUGUGGAAAUGAGAACAUUGUAUAUGGCUACCGUAUAGUAUGGGUAGUCAGAGAUGUGGAUAUGAGAACAUUGUAUAUGACUACUGUAUAGUAUGGGUAGUCAGAGAUGUGGAAAUGAGAACAUUGUAUAUGGCUACUGUAUAGUAUGGGUAGUCAGAGAUGUGGAAAUGAAAACAUUGUAUAUGACUACUGUAUAACAUGGGUAGUCCGAGAUGUUGAAAUGAAGAAUAUUGUAAAAAUGUUUAAAGAGAGAAUCGGAAUCAGAGAAUGUCCUAAAACACACAGAAAGACAUCUGUAGGGGAAAGUCCAUCACACUAAAUCUGUUAGCUUCUCCUCAAUGGAGAACAGAGAUUGUUUAUGGCCUGUGUUUCUAAUGGAAAGAUGUUUAAAUAAAGAGUGUUUAUAUACAGUUAGAUGGUUGGUACAGAGGAUGUAUGGAGGCUUGGUGGUCUUGUUGUAGGUCUGUGACCAAAUGGUCGGCAGUUUCAGUCCCAGCGUAUACAAGGUGUUGUAUCCCUGAACAGAUAUUUUACUCCAUUGUGUUCUAGUAGACUCUGCUAUAAAAGAAUAUGUGGGAUGAGUGCAAGAAAUGUCAUGUGGCAGGAUGUUAGUGCGACUGAAUGGCAGCUCCAGAUGAAUGCUAUUCAGGGAGUUGAGAAUGACAUCGGCUCGUAGCUAAAUGCCAAAUAACCUCAAAUAAUAAUUUGUGAAUCGCUUUAUGGCUAUAUUGCUGUAAUAUAGCGGUAUAUUCAUUUUACAUGAUCUUCGGAUUAUUAUUAGUUAAUGCGUUAGGCCAGUAUCUACUUUAAUAUUGCCAGUGUGAUGGAACUAAUAACAUUUCGAUAUCUUGGACGAUUACUUACCGUACAGACGUGUUGAUAUCGUGGAACGAUUCCUUACCAACUUCCGUAUCAAUUAGGAAUACAUAAACUUGAAACAGUUGUUCUAGGAGCCCCAUGAAGGUUGUUUGUUACCCAGACUUAAAGGUCUAAGAAACCUGCGAACAUUUGGCAGCUUUUGCAUUCUCAGAUAUGAUAUAUAUUUCUUCCAUAAAUUAUUAUGAUUAGGGGGGACUGAAGUGUUAGUUCGUGGGUUCAUUUAAUUUAGAUCUAGAGGCCCGGGAGGGCUGGAAAUAGACAUCUUUAUAUACCCGGUAUGUUGUUCUGUCCCAGCCCUUAAAAACCCCUUUCAGAAUUCCAAGAGGUAUGGUUACAUACAUUUCGCCGGUACCUGGCAGCACUACAAAAUUUGUAAGAUGAAAUUAUCAGGACCCAUAUUUAAAUUGACGUUGAUGAAAUUGUUUUAAUGGCUUUAAGUGAAGAAACAUUUGGCAGUUAAGACUGUUGAUACUAAGUCAGUAGCUUUCAUGAUAUAGGGUUCUAAAAGGUUUGUGAAAAAAUACCUUUACUCAAAUUUGUUAAAACAGUGAAAAAGGCCAAAAUGUCAUUACAUGUUGCCAGUUGACCUAUAAUUAUUCUGGAAUUUAAUUACCUUGACCAACGUUCAAGACCACAAGGUCAAUUUUUGUUGAAUGAUUUUACAAAUUCUGAUGACGAAUUUUGAUGAUGAACCAAACCUGCCUGUCAACUUUCAGAAAUGGAAAUGUGAGAGAAAGUGCGUGAACGACAUUUUCGACUCUUCAACUGUCUUGUAUUGUGUCGCGUCGCUCAUUAUACGAAAUUUUAUUGGAUAGUAUUUUAACAUAAAACAAGGUCCAAACAGCAUGGCCUUGAAGUUUGUAUUAUGAUGUCCCUUAUGUAUGGUAACUGAGAGAAAAGGUUAAUGAUCCUAAAAUGGGAAAUUAGUUUUCGGAAUGGUUCACCUCAUUACUGAAAUAGGCUGGUGAACAAUACAGGGGCUAUGGGCCUCUUGUUGUUAAUUAUGGUAACUUUAACAAUCGUGGAAAGUUAACAUGAUAUUUAAAAAAGAAAUUUGAUUCUUCUGAAGAUAUCUGUAUACCAGAUAAAAUUAAUAGAUUUUGUAUACAUUAAUUAAGAACUGGCUAUGCAAUUGAUGUGAUGCUCAAUCAAGGAAAACUAUUUAUAAUGCAAGUGUAAUACUUAUAUAUAUGUACAGUAUUCAAAAACAUUCAUAUUUAUUUAAUCUUGAUGAUUAUUUUUAUUUUUUAACUCCAAUUUGUCAAAAUUUUGUUUAAAGCAUUACUUGUUACUUAUUUUGUAACAAUAUUUAAACAUUGUCUUAGUGUCUACAAGCUGACAUCAUUUUGGUUAUGUGAACCUGGUGUCCAGUCUUACACCCGGUAACAGGUGUGUAGAUGUUACAUAUUGAAGAAUAUUAAUAGUAUUUAUGUGUAUCUGCGGUUACAUACCUUGUGAUGGGUUAGUUCAUGCUCAAUUAACAGCAUUGCUUAAUACAUAGCUUUUAGAAAUUACACACAAAAAUGUGAAUUUACAAUUAUUUACCUCACCUGGUUUUAAGGACCGUUGAGCUUAUUCUUAAUUUACACUACUAGUCAUGAACCACCGAGCAGAUAUCAACAAUGAAGAGAAGCCAGCCCCCCCCCCCCCCCCCCCCCCCCCCCAAGGACCUGAGUGGCAAGGCCCAACACAGAGAAAUAUGCACCAAAUUGGUUAAAAAAAAAUCUUAUUUUGUAAAAAAAAUAUUGUUUCCCGAUAUAUUUACUGCCACAUCCAGGUGGGUGAGAUACAGGCCCUGUUGGCCUCUUGUUAUUUAACAUCUUGAAUUUUCAGUUGAAGGUCUAGCAGAGGAUAAGUGUACUUUGAGGUUAAUGAUUUGCAUAAUAAAAAUUAGUUAAUAAUUAAAUGUUUUUUUAAGGAAUUAUGUGUGUAUGUUACAGAUACUAGGUUAGAGUGUAUUACAAUGUUGAUGUUUAUUUAUAAGGAUUCUUUACAAAUUAUAUUUACAACAGUUCUGUACUGUAAGAUAUUUUCUUUAUUAUUUCUAUGUUUGAGUUAUAACCAGCUUUUCACAGAACGGACACAAAUGAAUUAUUUACUCCGUGUUCACCUCAUUGAAUCUGUAAUACGCUCCGUAAAAAUGAAUUGUAUAGAAUAAAGUCUUAAACAGAUUUG